UCCACAACCAUUUCACCCAACUUUUGCAUGUCACUCGCUUAGUCCCUGUUAUUGUUUUAACACCUCCGGCUUCAGGUGCUCCGGCAGUCGCAACGAAUCGCCUGUCAGGCGGAUUGGUGCUUGAAACCCUGUAGAAAGACUCGAUGGUCACAAAGCACUCCCAAAAUGGCCGGUGUCAAUCCUGAGCUGGAGGAUGCUCUGCGCAAGCUCGACGAAGAACUUGAAGAGGGGGACAUCACGAGGAAAGGAUAUGAAAAGAGACGGACCCUCAUUCUUUCCCAGUACAUAAGUCCUCAACCAUCGCAAUCCCGGGGACUUCGCGUGCAUUCCCCCGACGACAGCGACCAUCCUGCCUCUAAUGAUGCCUCCAGAGCAGCAUCCCUCGCGGCGCUUACUGGGCGUUCUGUGAGCGGGCACUCGAGGAAUGGGACAAUGACAGAAAACUAUCCCGGGACGGGUCGGCAGGCUUCCAUCAUCAUGGAUGAAUAUUCAGAUGAUCCUCGAAGGAGUUCGACACCCCAGAGCCAUGUUCAGAGAUUUCAAGAGCGGGAAGCAGGUCCUACAUCGCGUGGAUCCAUAUCAGGCUCGACGUACGACAAUCGAAACGAUACCUUCUUGACUGCGAACAACGACUUUUCCCGCACCCAGACUCUCCUGAGCCAGAAUUAUGCCUUCAAGCCCGAGACCCAUCAGAACUAUGGCGGUCCAGACACGCGCAACUCUACGAUGCUGGACUCGCAGCAGGGCUACUUCUCCGACUUUGCCGGACAACAAAGGGAAGAUCAACAGGAGACCUACGGAGGCAAUGUGCAAAGAUACUCUCAGGGCGAGGUGACCUCUCCCACAGCCCAAAUGGCUCCGCCAUUCUUGGGUGCUGGCGAGCUCGCCGGAGGAUCAGCGAUUCAUCAGAUGCCCUUGGAGCCCCGAGAGGUCCCUUUUGCUAUUUGUGAUCCGCACGAUUCGCAUAUCGAGAUGUCCAUAUUUGAUAACAUCGCAGCAGUGCUUCGGCAUCGUGCAAAGACAAAUUCCAAGCAGGCAGCGUAUUGGGUGCUCGAUCAGAAAGGCAAGGAGAUCGUUUCCAUCACGUGGGAGAAGCUCUGCAGUCGUGCGGAAAAGGUAGCCCAGGUCAUCCGGGACAAGAGCAGUCUAUACAAGGGCGAUCGCGUCGCUUUGAUCUACACCGAGAACGAGAUCAUCGAGUUUGCUGUGGCACUGCUCGGUUGCUUCAUUGCAGGUGUGGUUGCGGUACCGAUCAACGACUUGAAGAACUAUGCUCGGUUGAAUGUCGUGUUGACCUCGACGCAGGCACAUCUCGCCUUGACCACCGAAGCGAACUUGAAGAACUUCCAGCGAGACAUUACCGCCGCCAAGCUUAAUUGGCCUCGUGGUGUUGAAUGGUGGAAAACCAAUGAAUUCGGCAGUUUUCAUCCUAAGAAAAGAGGCGAGGAGCAUCCCCUGGUGGUCCCAGACCUGGCAUAUAUUGAGUUCUCGACUGCUCCCACUGGCGACCUUCGUGGCGUUGUCAUGAGUCACAAGACUAUCAUGCAUCAGAUGGCUACGCUCAGCGCAAUGAUCACAUCAGCGACAAGCAAUACCAGAGCUGACACGUUCAACCCAUCUUUACGCGACAAGCAAGGCCACUUGAUCACUGGUUCAAGGUAUGGCGAGAUUACUCUCAGUUAUUUGGAUCCAAGGCAGAGCAUUGGAAUGAUCCUCGGUGUCCUUUUGAACAUCUACGGCGGCCACACGGUAAUCUACAUCGACCAGCGAAGUAUCGAGACACCAGGACUGUACGCCCAUUUGAUCACCAAAUAUAAGACAACACUUCUGGUAGCAGACUACCCUGGUCUUAAACGAGCUGUGUACAACUAUCAAGCAGAUCCUAUGACCACGAGAAAUUACAAACGUGGCUCAGAGCCUAAUUUCAACAGCGUCAAGCUAUGCAUGAUUGACACCUUGACAGUGGACGCUGAGUUCCACGAACUUCUAGCAGAUCGGUGGCUGCGUCCGCUUCGCAAUCCCAGAGCUCGCGAGAUCGUGGCGCCCAUGCUCUGUCUCCCUGAACAUGGUGGCAUGGUGAUCAGCAUGCGAGACUGGCUGGGUGGUGAGGAAAGAAUGGGCUGUUCCUUGAGUCAUGAGAUGGACCACGACCAUGAAGUCGAAGAAAAGAAGGAAGACGAAGUUUCAGCUAGUAAAUCCGGCUUUGGCAGUAGCUUGAUUGGCGGCGGCACAACUAAACCUGCCCAGCAACGCUCAACAGAAGACCUCGGUGAAGUCCUGCUCGACAAGGAGGCCUUGAAGACCAACGACAUUCUAGUCCUCGCAAUGGGCUCAGAAGCACGUGCUAAAGCGAGUUCCUUCCCCAAUGCUGUCCGAUGCGGAGCCUUUGGAUACCCCAUUCCCGAUGCCACACUCGCGGUGGUUGAUCCAGAGUCUGGUCUUCUGUGCACCCCGAACUCAAUCGGCGAGAUCUGGGUCGAUUCACCAUCACUCUCAGGCGGCUUCUGGGCAUUGCCCAAGCAUACUGAGACAAUAUUCCACGCUCGACCUUACUGCUUCAAGGAAGGCAAUCCGACACCGACUGCUAUCGAUCCUGAAUUCCUGCGGACCGGUCUUCUCGGCUGCGUGAUCGAAGGGAAGAUCUACGUACUCGGGCUGUACGAAGACCGCUUGAGGCAGAGGGUCGAGUGGGUUGAGCAUGGCCUAGCGGUGCAGGAACAUCGCUACUUCUUCGUUCAACACCUCAUCCUCAGCAUCAUGAAGAAUGUGCCCAAGAUCCAUGACUGUUCGGCGUUUGACUGUUUUGUGAACGACGAGCACCUUCCGAUCAUCCUGCUGGAGUCUGCGUCGGCCUCGACCGCCCCUGUAUCGUCAGGUGGCCCUCCUCGGCAGCUUGAUAUUGCGCUUCUGGAUUCCUUGGCCGAACGGACCAUGGAAAUUCUCUACCAGGAACAUCACCUCAGAGUAUACUGCGUUCUCAUCACCGCGCCGGGCAUCUUGCCUAGAGUGACGAAGAAUGGCCGACGAGAGAUUGGUAAUAUGCUCUGUCGCAAAGAAUUCGACAAUGGCUCUUUGCCUUGCGUACAUGUCAAAUUUGGCGUGGAGCGGGCGGUCCAAAAUUUGCCGUUUGGUGAGGACAUCAGCGGUGGCAUAUGGUCAGCCACCGCCAGUGCGGCUCGAGCUGAACUUCUCUACGAGCAAGAGACGCAAUGGUCAGGAGUGGAUCCUCGAGAAGUUGUCAUUGACGAUCGUACAUCCACAGCGCUGAGCAACUUCACAAAUAUCUUCGAUCUGAUGCAAUGGCGCGUAGCUCGGCAAGCAGAUGAACUUGCAUACUGCACCAUCGACGGCAGAGGCAAAGAGGGUAAGGCCCUCACCUGGAAGAAGUUCGAUCAACGAGUGGCUGCGGUGGCAUUGUAUUUGCGAAACAAGGUGAAGAUCAAGCCGAGCGAUCAUGUCGUCUUGAUGUACACCCAUUCGGAGGACUACGUCUUCGCCGUCUAUGCUUGUAUGGUCAUUGGGGCCAUUGCCAUUCCAGUUGCGCCCUUGGACGCCAACCGACUCUCUGAGGAUGCGCCCGCAUAUCUUCACAUCGUUGCAGAUAUGGGUGUGAAAGCUGUGCUUUGCAAUACCGAUGUCGAUCAUCUCUUCAAGCAAAAGAUUGUCUCACAGCAUCUCAAACAGUCUGCGCAAUAUCUCAAGACCAAUAUUCCGAGUGUAUACAACACUGGGAAGCCUUCGAAGCAAUCGCACGGCUGCAGGGAGCUCGGACUUACAAUCAAUCGGUCCUGGGUAUCGCCCUCUAACCCUGUCUUGAUCUGGACUUACUGGACCCCUGACCAACGACGAGUCUCUGUCCAGCUGGGGCAUGACACGAUCCUUGGUAUGUGCAAAGUCCAAAAAGAAACCUGUCAGAUGACGAGCUCGAAGCCGGUACUUGCUUGUGUCAGAAGUACGAUCGGCAUUGGGUUCCUCCACACCAUUAUGAUGGGUGUCUACAAUGGCAGCACCACUUAUCUGAUGUCGCCGCUUGACUUUGCUCAAAAUCCCGGUUCACUAUUCCUAGCUUUAUCCAGGUACAAAGUCAAAGACACUUAUGCAACCAGCCAGAUGCUGGACUUCGCCAUGGGGCAUGUCGUCGGCAAGGGCUUUUCACUGCACGAGCUUAAGAAUCUUAUGAUCAUAGCUGAGAAUCGGCCGCGCCUAGACCUUUUUUCCAAAGCGAGAGCGCAUUUCGCUCAGACCGGGCUUGAAAGGACUGCCAUCAACACCAUCUAUGCCCAUGUUCUCAACCCAAUGAUAGCGUCUCGCAGCUAUAUGUCGAUAGAGCCGAUAGAACUUUGGCUGGACACUCGGGCCUUGCGACGGGGCCUGAUCUACCCUGUCGACCCUGACACGGAUCCAACUGCGCUAAGCGUCCAGGACUCCGGAAUGGUGCCGGUAUCAACACGCAUAGCCAUUGUGAACCCUGAGACAUGUCAGCUUUGCCACGUUGGCGAGUUUGGCGAAAUAUGGGUACAAUCAGAGGCUUGUGCCAAAUCCUUCUACAUGUCCAAGCAGCUCUUCGAUGAGGAGAGGUUCAACGGUCGCAUUAUGGGUGGCGAUCCCAAUCAAACCUAUGUUCGAACAGGUGAUCUGGGCUUUCUUCAUAAUGUGACGAGGCCUAUUGGUCCUGGAAACCAGCCUGUCGAGAUGCAAAUUCUGUUUGUGCUUGGAAGCAUCGGUGAGACAUUCGAAAUCAAUGGCCUCAAUCACUUUCCUAUCGACAUUGAGAACAGCAUCGAGAGGUGCCACAGAAACAUCAUCCCGGGUGGUUGUGCCGUGUUCCAAGCUGGUGGACUGGUUGUGGUUGUGGUUGAGGUCUUCCGAAAGGCCUAUCUGGCCUCGAUUGUCCCAGUCAUUGUCAAUGCCGUUCUCCACGAACAUCAAAUCGUGGUUGAUAUUGUUGCCUUUGUCGGGCAAGGAGACUUCCCACGGAGCCGGCUGUCCGAGAAGCAGAGAGGGAAAAUUCUGGCUUCAUGGGUGACGCGCAAGUUGCGUACUAUUGCUCAAUUUGGUAUUCGUGAUGCGGAUGGACCAGAUUCACAGUUCCAGAUCCCGGGGGAACGCAAGUCGGUGAGCAUCAUGACCAAAACUCCCAGUCAAGCUGGUCAAGCCAGAGCAUCAGUUGCUUCUGAGUCGCAGAGCAGUAUCCAGCCUGAUGCACCUGUCAACACCGUCAACCGCUCGAGUGGCGUUCCAGAGUUGGCAUUUUCUCUGCCACCCAACCAUUAUCAAAUUGAUCCGACAGGACUUUACGACGAUGCGACACCUACCGAGAAGAAUGCUGGAGUAUCUCUCACCGACAGACCUUACACCCUCCCAGAAGGAGUGGUUGAAAUGCCAACGUCGAAUUUUGAUGAAGACGACAGAAAUAAUCCUUACAUGACCGAUGAAAAGUUCUUCGACCCCAACGCCGAUGCUGAGGACCUGCACAAGCAGUUUGGAAGCUAUUCACACGCGAGUUCGCAAUCCGACCUGGCUCCAGGAGGUCCGCCGAAAUUGUCGCUCAUGAAUCCGGAUGAAUAUUCGUCGAAUAAUGAUAGCACCGAUAAUACUCCUACGAGUUACACGGCAACCCCGACACCGACCUCGGCAAGACCUCUGUCUUCGAAUGCGCUGCGUGACGAUGAAAGUCCAUAUGGAGACCAAGGAAAUCCGUUCAGGAACUCGAUUCCUGCUUCGGUCCCGAGCUUCGAUUUUGUCGCAUCGCCGGGGCCCCGAAACCCUGCUAGGGAGCAAAUGGCCACGGCUUCUGCAGCUUACGAUCAAGUCCGGGCAGCGGCGUCAGGGCGGGCCCUGUUACCGAGUCAACAGGCGCGAUACCCUCAGCCCGAUCCAGUGCGAGCACCACGACAAGCCCCAUAUGAGAGGCAAGAUCUGCCGAAAGAAGCGCUGACCUACUCUUCUACAUACGACCGGAAGCCGUCGGGGAACUCUCUACGACCGGAUGAGAGACAAAGUGUGGAUUUGAGUAGCAUAGCUGGCAGUAUAAGGAGACGAUAUGAUGGAAGUGCAUAUGAUGAUUACGACUAUUGAAACGACUCGAUUGAGUCGAGGUCGGGGAAUGAUCCCAUUGAGGGAAAAUGGCCCAGGGAUGUUACCCACGUGCCCACGCAAGGAUAAAAUGUGCAAAUAGGAAAUGAAAAGAUCAUGAUAUACGACG